AGAGGAAGUUGCAACAUUCGAGUUGGCUCAGCCCCGCCAGCGGAACACCACAGAUCGAUCUUCCUCGCGGGACACCACUGUGUCACCACAGCUGGAAGAUCACGUGUCGGUGUCACUAUCUCGGCCGACAGAAGAGAUUCCUUGCCAUGAUUUGAGAGCAGAGUGUCCCGGUGUUUGCCGUAGCGCAGGUAUGUCUCCUGUGUUGUAUUGCUGGUGUGCUGUUGUUCUCUUCACCUGGGUUUCCACAGCAGCUGACAUCCCUCAGGGUGACGACUGUAAGGACUACGGCGUGGAGUUUGAGCGUGUGUUCAGACGGUCUGGGGAGGGGGCCAUGUUGAACUGCUCUCUGGUAGAUCCCCGUGUCUUCAAUGUGUCCACACACCCCUACAACAUAACAUGGUACCACCUGCGCACAGGCCAGGAGAGGAGGGCACGUAUGGGAGAUACCAUUACUCAGGGGACAAUGCUGUGGCUUCUCAACAUCACUGCAGAGGAUGAAGGGGAAUUCAUGUGUGUUGUCAGGACUGCUGAGAGCUGCUUUAAAUGUACCUCUGUGCUGAUGGUGGAGGCAGAGGCGGAGGUGCGGCCUCCUGAGAGGGGGUGUGUCCACAGUGAGAGGAGUGUCCAGUUCCUCACAGCACUCGAGAGCGGCUUCCUCACCUGCCCGCUAUGGCAAUACACACCUCAUGUGGACACAUACACUCUCCGGUGGUAUAGGAGCUGUGAGCCGCUGCAGUUUAAUAGGAAGUUCCUGAUGAUGGAUGACGGAGUUCUCCAUGUCAACAGCGUUGUCCCUGACGAUGAAAACAACUACACUUGCAUCCUCAGCUUCCAGCUGGGCGGAGUCCAGGGUCACAUGACGGAGACCAUCGAGACCUCUGUCAUUGUGAAAGUCACUUACCAGCCAGAAAUCCUCUUGCCAGUUGGAGAGAUCAACAAAGUUUCCCUGGGCUCCUCUCUCCAUAAGUUGUGCCGUGUGUCCGUGCCUGGAGUGGGUAUUAACGGCGUGUUGGUGACCUGGAGAGCAACAGAUGAAUACAUCUCCGAAAAUACAACCCACCGCAUUCACCAGCUGAAACAGAGAGAGAAAGCUGUUGCAGAGGGCUUGAUGGUGGAGGCUGAUCUGUUUUUUUCUGAGGUGAGAGAAGAGGACAUGAAUGUGAACUUCACCUGCGAGGUUCAUAAUUACCGAAGGAAUGUACAAGCCAGCUUCAGUCUAGAGUCAGAUUCCAACCUGCUGCUGCCGUUGGGCCUGGUGUUCGGAGCGUUGACCUUCAUGUUUGUUCAGAGUGUGCUGCUGUACUGGGUCUUCAAGAUCGACAUCGCCCUAGCCUGCAGAGACACAAUGCCUUACCUUUACCCUAGCACAGAGGGUGAUGGGAAGAUGUAUGAUGCGUACGUGGUGUACCCACGCCUGAUUGGCCGGCCUGGCGGUCCUGAGGAGACCUUCGCCCUGAGCACCCUCCCCAAGAUGCUGGAGGGUCACUAUGGUUACCGCCUCUUUAUCCUGGGCAGAGACUGUAUGCCAGGGGAAGCCCUAGUGGACGCGGUAUGCUCCGCCCUCUCUCUGAGUCGUCGGGUUCUGCUCAUAUAUGGAGGGGGGCGGGGCCAGUCCUAUGGGGACGACUGGGGGGCGUGUCUGGAGCAGCAGCUGGCUCUGCAGCGCUCCCUAUUGGAGGACGAGGAGCUGCGCGUCGUCCUGAUCGACCUGGGCGGCGUGGCUGACUCUGCCCUCCCCCCGGCCGUGCAGCUUCUGAAGGAGGAGCAGGGAGCCCUGCGUCCCACACACACACACACCUGCACACACACACACACCUGCUGCAGUGCAGCAGAGGAGUGGCAGGAGGAGGAAGAGGAUGUGCUAGCCUUCAUCACACCCACCCCCCGCUUCUGGAAGGAGCUGCGCUACCACAUGCCCAUCAGAGGGAAGGGCAGGCCUAGAACUCACACACACUCACACAUACACACGCACGCACACAUGCACACAGCCCCAGUCUGAGAGGAGAUGUGUGAGAAUGGCAAUGACAGACUCUGGCCUGUAGAGGGAGCUGCUGGCUGGUCAUCAGUGCAACAUGGACACUGGUUAGAGCUCAAGGAGCAGGAGUGUUGUGACUAAGAGCUAACACAUGAACAUUGGCUGAAGAGAUCAUUUGAAGAUGAUGAAAUCAUGUCUGAACAUUUGAAAUGGUCUCCAACUGCUGGAACCUCAUGGGGAGUCCUGGAACCCUCUGGAACCUCAUGUGGAGUUUUGAAGAAGUGUGUCAGUGGGAUACAGAGCUGCUCUCUUGGGACUGUACUCCUUAAACCGGACGCUGUGUGUGUGUGUGUGUGUGUGUGUGUGUGUCUCUGUGUAUGUGUGUGUGUGUGUGAGAGAGAGAGUGUGUGUGUGUGUGUGUGUGUGUAUUUGUGUGUGUAUGUGUAGUUUAACACCACAAUGAUUGUGAUCAACCAUUGGUGGGACCACAAUGGAAAUAAGCCUCAGGGCUUUUUUGUGUAAUCCUGACUUUCUUGUUGAAAGAGAUGGUGCGGUCUAUGAUCUGUAUCAUGUUCUUUUAUUUUAAAUAUGAGUUGGUCAAAUAAAUC